AUGGCAGCAGUGUCAGUAAAAUGUCGGUCCGUGUGUCUGUUGUCGCUGCUGUGGUUGUCGGUGAGCAGAGAGUCCCGGUAAGUCCGCCGGUUCUUCUUCUUCUGUUUCCGUAUGUUGAGUUAGCCGCAGGUAGCCUGUUAGCUGCAGACCCAGGGUUGUCAGAGAAGCAGGAAAAGUUUAUUUUUCUCUCUGAAGGUCAACAAGUUUUUAAAUAAAUAAGAAAAAAACAAACAAAAAGACUAAAAACUGGUUAUAUGGAGGCACUACCGGCGCAUGCGCACUUCCGUUUAGAUGAUAGAACCGUUAAAAACAGUUUUUAUCUCUGAACUCCUGAUGUUGACUUUUUUAUUGACUUUAUCGAACUAAAAAUCACUUUUUUCCACAUAAUUUCGACAUUUUUUUGAAACAGAACUUUUCUACAAACACCUGAUAAUGUUCUGAAGUAAAUGUCGAGCUGUUGAGUAACACAUUCAUGAAUUUAUCUGAGCACAAAGUUCAGGAGUUUGAGUGAUUUAUCUCAAACUACAAAGACUUUCAGUACGCUAAUCUCACUAAACUUUACAAUAAAGAACAUUUAAAUAACGUAGAUUCACUGAAACUGAGGCUGGAGUAAAAAAAUCUUUAUUUACAGUCAGUCACUUCAUUUUAACAGUACAGUAAAUAGUCUUUGUUGAUAUAUCUUUAUUUUAAAUAAAGAUAAUGAAUCUGUAAAACAAACUGUGAGUCACUGAACGAGUCCUGUCAUCACGUUUCUAUGAAACUCUUAAAUAAACUGACAUUUGUUGGUGAAACUCUGCUGCAGUUUAACUUUUUGGCCACAAGAUGGCGCUGUCGAAUCAUAUCAUAUAAAAUCAGACUUGAUUGCAGCAUCCAGAGGAAAUUCAGUUAUUACAACAUCAGAGGAACAGGAUGAGAAAACAGAAGUGAAACAAUAGUCCAGAUAAAGUUUGAUAUAUAACUUUAAUUAUAUAGAUGCAAUAAAACAAGAUCAUUUAACAAAACACACCCUUACAGCCUCGUGUUCGUCCCCUCCUCUCUGAAAUCAUAAAACGUAAAACUUUUUAUUAUAAAUGAGUUUAAAGGUGUUAUUAUUAUUAUUAUUAUUAUUAUUAUUAUUAUUAUUAUUAUUAUUAUUUUAAUUAUUUUAUUUAUUUUUGCAAAUGUGGAGGGGGGGGGGUCAUUGACCUAACAGGGUAAAAGGAGAGACUCAGCAGACGGCACCAAAACAGACGCAUUAACAAUCACAAUAAUAAUAAUAAUAAUAAUAAUAAUAAUAAUAAUAAUAAUAAUUCACACAGAUAUAAGACUGUUUAUCACUUGAAGGUGACUCAAGGUGAAGUGAUGCUGCUGUGACCUUGUCCUGCAGUCAGGUGAUGCUCCACACACAAACACACACACAUACUCUCACACACACACACACACACACGCACACACACACACACACACUGUCAUUACAUAACAGCGGUCUCCUCCCCCCUGUGCAGACCUCAGCCCUACUGUGUUUCUGCCUUUGCAGUUUUCACUUCAGUAAAUUGCCGUGAAAAUUACUCCGCUUUUAUACCUGAGUGCUGCACACACACACACACACACACACACACACACACACACACACACACACACACACACACACACACACACACACACACACACUCACAGUGUGUAUUAGUCCAGCUGCCCUGAAAGCCCCUCUCCACAGUCUCACUCUGUCCCAGACAUGCAUUGAUUUCUCAGAGCUGUCUGACAUAUUGUGUCCAAAAUCAACUCCAGACAUUAUUUCCCAACCCCAUCGAUGAAAACAAACACUCAGUCACCUUUUUCAUCCUCCCUUCUCUCUGUUUGAUUUAGUUCAUACUGCAGCAAACAGGACCUUUAUAAAUACACAGACUGAUAACAGGGUUUGACCCUCGUUAAUAUGGAGGAGCGUCUCGUUAAAUUGACCAGAUUAACUCUCCUUUUUUUCUAUUGCACUCAGCAAAGAGAUCCUAAAAUCUAGAUUUUUUUGGAGUAGAUUCUGUCACAGGACUAUAAACCUUUCUCUCAGACGGAUCGGUGCGCAGCAGCAGAAUAACAAAACCUGAAACUAUGCAGUGAGAGUGAAAUAUGAUGGAGAAGAAAAGAGGGAUGUUGGAGGGUAAAAAAGGAGAUGUUUAGUUUUUUCACAUGAGACCUGAGAGAAAAACACAUUCCUUCAUGUGAUGAAACUGUUUGACUAACUGAGGCUAAGUGAUGAAAUCAGAGGAGUCAAUGUGGAGACUGAACCAACGCAGGACUGAGUUAUCAACAUCAGAGACGGAUUUAUAAUGUGAGGAAGUAUUAACUCUGAGUCAGGAGGUUCUCAGGUCUCUCCAAGAUCUGAUGUCUGUAAAAUCUUUGGUGUCUCUACUCUGGGAAAGCCUGAAAUUUGAAUUUGUAACUUUUUACCCUCAUUUCAGUGGUUACGACGACCAGCUGUGUUUGUAUAAUUACCGUAAUGCUUCAAAUAAAGGCCUGUUUUAAGUAUAAUUACCGUAAUUCUUCAAAUAAAGGCCUGUGUUUGUAUAAUUACCGUAAUGCUUCAAAUAAAGGCCUGUGUUUGUAUAAUUACCGUAAUGCUUCAAAUAAAGGCCUGUGUUUGUAUAAUUACCGUAAUGCUUCAAAUAAAGGCCUGUAUUUGUAUAAUUACCAUAAUGCUUCAUAUAAGGCCUGUGUUUGUAUAAUUAUCGCAAUGCUUCAAAUAAAGGCCUGUUUUUUGUAUAAUUACCGUAAUGCUUCAAAUAAAGGCCUGUGUUUGUAUAAUUACCAUAAUGCUUCAAAUAAAGGCCUGUGUUUGUAUAAUUACCGUAAUGCUUCAAAUAAAGGCCUGUUUUAAGUAUAAUUACCGUAAUGCUUCAAAUAAAGGCCUGUUUUAAUAUGCGUGUCCAGGCCUUUUAUCAUGACAGUAAUCAUAACCUGUUUGGUUAAGAGGACCUGAAGUCUUGUCCUUCUCUCCCUCCUCUCAGAGUCUCGAUGGAAGAUGACCUCCUGCUGCCCUACACCAACGGUCAUGGCCCCGCCCACUCUCACCGCUAUGUCAGGGACUGUCAGCCCGUUGCCCACGGUAACACCACCCAUGAGAGCUGGCCGGCCAGCAGCUUCAUCGGGACGCCUGUGGCAGAGUCCAACAAGUUUGUGUCCGAGGUGCCGCGCACGUCCAGAUGGGUUUACGGUCAGUGAUGGAAAAACAACAACUUUAUUUAAACCGAUCAUCUGUGAUCAAUCUGGAGCUGAUCGACUACCUGUUCUUAGAAACACUAACAGACACUGAUGUUUAAGUCCCUCUGACUCUGUAUCAGCUCGCUUCAUGUCCUCUCAUCUCCAGGUCACAUGACGGUGGUCUACGACCCCCUGAGGACGGUGUCGGUGUUGGAGCCGGGCGGGCCGGGCGGCUGCGGGAUGAAUCAGAGGGCCACUGUGAAGGAAACGGCCUCGGCUGCAGGAUGUCUGUUCGCUCAGAACGGCGGCUUCUUCAACACAAAGACAGACGCGUGUUUGGGUAACGUGGUCAGCGACGGCAGGAUGGUGCAGGACAGCGGCGGGAUCCAGAACGCCCAGUUUGGGAUCAGGAAGGACGGGACCCUGGUGUUCGGGUAGGAGACACAUAAAUGAGGAAUGACGUAAUGAUCCUUGUUUAAUAUCAGAGACUCAAGCUCAGGUGAAAAUUGAAGUACUGAGAGAAACUGUGGAGAUAUCAGAGUCUGAGGAAAAACUCCGUCUGUUUGCCUCCAUGACCGGAAAAAUGUCGGACAUUUUCAGGAGUUUUGUGCACGAUCGAAAACAGCCGAAGAGUUUCAUGCAAAUGUGGCAACAAAUCUUUGAAUAAUCAUCAACUGUUUCUCAGAUAAACUUCUUUUCUGUUCGGUAAUAAACCGAGUCGAUCUUUCAUCGUCAGACGAGGCUUCAUGGAAACAUCAACAGACACAGAUGAGAGUUUCAUGUCUGUGUCUGAGCCGGUGUUUCUCUCUGAUAAAGACCAUAAAACACGCUCUGAUAUUGACACAUCAGACGCUUUAAUAUCCUUCUGUUUACGUACUUUAAACCCACACAGCUGUCGCUCUGUGGACUUUAUGACUCCAGGACCUGGAUCACCUCAGCCUCCUCUGAGAUAAUGUCGGGUUAUUUGUGAGCAGCUGGAUGAACCACGAUGUGAACAUCAGGGCGUGGUGUUAGGUUGUAUUUAAAGCUGUGGGUUUAGAUAAAGAUAGAUUUGUAAAAGUGUCCUCUCCAGGUUUAGACUCGUACCUGAGCAGAGCUGCAGGUGAAUGGGUCACUUCAGCAGGUGGAAACAAACACAGCUGCUGCAGCCCCUGAAAACAGAGGAGGGCUUUUUUUGGCUGUCGUGGGUCAAACGCCCAGAAAUAGUGGAGCUGAACUAAAAUAAGGACGAAGGUGGACCACAGAAAACCACAAGCUGGUCCCUGAAACAGGUUUCUAGUAAUACCUGAAGAAGAACCACGAAGUGAGGAGGAGGAGUAAAGCAGGUGUGCUGAGCUCUCAGUGUCACACAGCUGUCUUCAUGUUGGACCUUUGUGUUGUUGUCUCAGAUCCACCAACAUCCAUCAGUGACACAGAGACCGUGUGUGUUCAUAAUCUGGUGGAGAGCGAGUUUCAGGUCCUGCAGCGUGCAGAAAAACAUGCUGGUUGAGUUUAGAGUCAGUCCAGGUGAGUGAUAACAAAGAUUAGAGCGGCGUCCCCGUGUCCCCGUGUCCCCGUGGAGAUGUUGUGCAGAGGUCUCUCUGUCAGGUGAGGACACUGAGGUGAGUGAACACGCUCACUGAGCUCACAGGACGGCUUUUUAACAGCAGCUCAAACAAACAGGAAGCAGCUGAAAUACCAGCACUCCUCCAGUUCAGCAGCUGGUUUCACCCGUUUAUCGACCGUCUUCUGACUCACUGGAGCUGGAUGGAAAUAGAAACGCUUUUGGCCGCUAGUUUGAGGUUAGAUAAUGGAGGUAAGUUGAUUCCACUCCCUAGAAGUCGAGGAGAUAAUUUGGUAUUAAAAAUAACCACCGAGGGCACCGCCGUGUCACUUACAUAACGAGGAAGCGUGGCGCUGAUCCAGCUGUUUGAACAACUGGAGAGAAGUUUGAGUCAUCAGGCUGCGAGACGCAAAAGUGAGCGAGUUUGUCUCCUGAGGGACGGAGGGAAGACGUUCUACUAAUGACGCCAUCAUUGAUCCUGUUCGUCUGUUAUUGAUCACCUCAUCAAUUUAUGACAAGUUUGAUUACCUUCAUCAGGAAAGUUAGGCGCCGUAUUCAUCCUUUAAAAGUCAGCUGAUAGCAGCUCCAGCCUCUGAUUGGUGAACCAAAACAAAGAUGGCGGCCCUCUAAUAACACACUCACCUGACUAGAGAAAUGACACCUUUAAAUGAACACAUGAAUCCUCACAGAUCACCUCUGAACAGUCUCUGAUCUUCUCUGCGAACGUGGAGAAGGAAGUGUGAGGAACCAAUCAGGAGAAUGAUGGCGCCGGCCUGAUCCAGUCUGAACUGGUUUCUGAUUCUCACGGCUCGGGUUGUUCCUGCCGUUUCCGUUUCUUUGUUCUUUGGAGUAUUUGGAGGUUUUCGAAGGUUCAUGAAGGUGAUCCUGGUCUCCAGAGUUCAGACGGUCGUCUUUGUAGGAGUCCAAGUAUGUUUGUUCAGGAUAUGAUUUCCAGGUCCGUCACCUGUGGGGGCGGUCACUGAGGGGUGUGGUUAUCUAAAUCUCCCCGCUGUGGUCGGACCGUGGUUAAUGUCAGCUCUGAUCGUUUCCUGUUGACCGUUUUUCAUCGUUUUUUCACUCGUCCUUUUUUUUUUAAUCUCAUUUCAUCGUCUGACUUUUUCAUUUGAAGGCAGAAGUUUUCGACCUGGAUCAGUGUGUUUUCUUUUCUUUCUUGAAUAAUAAAUCAAUUUUUUAAAACUCAAACGCCUCACAGAUGCAGGCGAACCUAAACCCCAGGAGAGCGGUCUCUACGGUCUUUACUGUCUUUACAUGAACUCUGUGAACCAUCGUGUUUCUGUGAGUUUCCUCUUCGGUCUUUUCUCCACACGACCACUUUUAUUUGUUUCUCUUUCACCCGGUCCUCCCAGGUGUUAGUCACAGCCCACAGAGGAUUGAGGAUUCACUUCUCCUCUUUCUUUAAACACUUUGUUCCUCCUGAUGAAGUCCAUUAACAGCUGAUGUUUCAUGUAACGUUGCAGGUACAAAGAGGGUCUGAUCACCCGGAUGAGUUCAGCACCUUCAAGCUCAUUUCAGAUUCUGAUGUCUCAAUGAUGUCCUCCUCAGGUAUCUGUCUCAGGAGGACGUUUUGGACAAGUUGAACCCGUUUAUUCAGCUGAUCAGCGGCGUGGUGUGGCUGCUGAGGAACGGGGAGGUUUACAUCGACCAGAGUCUGAAGUCCGAGUGUGACGAGACCCAGGAGACAGGUACGGACCGUGAAUCCACAACCACCUGGAACAAACAAGAAGCAGCUGGAUGAGACAGUGAAGAAGUGUUGAGGGUUUCAGGAUGUUCUUCAGCUUGUUGGAGUUGUUCCGGUUCAGGUUUGGACCUGUUUCUGCUCCUCAGACUGGUUCAAGGUUUCCCUGAAGUUCAGAUUAUCACCCUGGGCUGUAAAACCUCCUCCUCUCUGUAGACUCCCCUCAGUUCACCUCAGCCUGAGACACAGAAACCAGACCAGCUUCACUUCAGCUGUAAUUAAAUGUAACUUCAUCUCAGAGCGCUGCCCUGCUCCUCCUCCGUGACCUGACGUGACUCCAGCGCGCCGACAAACCACAACGCACCGACGAGUCUGAUGAAAAAUGAGGAGCAUGUGGAGCGAUCAGAGGUUACCUCAGGUGUCUGCUCACACCUUCACUGUGACACAGAUCCCGCCAAAAUAAAAGAAUAAAGGUGAAGAGCUGAUCUGAAGGCUGAGAGUCGACCUCUGCUCUGAAUGAGAUCAUCUCUGUUAUCAAACUCUACAGACAGACAGACAGACGGACAGACAGACAGACGGACACAGAGGGCGUCAGGUUACCUAGUUGGCACAGAGACGUCAGGAUAUUUAGGUCAGACCUUUUUUAUUUUUUUCAGAGUUAAAGGUGGAGUCAGCAGGUUUCUGUUAAAGAAACAUCUUUUUAUUUUGUGUUUUUAAUACAAAAACUCUUCUAAUAUCAGUCAAUAGUUAUUAGUUAUUGAUGACAUUUGGUAAUAUAUCGAUAUCUCUGUGUUCUCUUAUGUCUGUGUCGUCAACAUUUGAACAUUUUUGAGCGGUCCGCUCUUUCUGACUGUAAACAAAGCCGUUCUCCACCUCCUCUAACCUGAUUGGUUGUGAGGCAGACGCUGCUCCCCCGUGUCGUUCAGGAGCCCAAACAAAGUUAGCGUGCUACAAUAUCGGACAGUAGAAACCAACCAGAAAGUUCGGAAAAUUGUCUGAAUCCUCCUUUGGCCACGACUGCCGACACAAGCAAGAAAACACUCAAACAUAAACAGUCAACAAAAAACAGUCAGCAAGAAAACAGUCAACAAGAAAACAGUCAGCAAGAAAACAGUCAACAAGAAAACAGUCAGCAAGAAAACAGUCAACAAGAAAACAGUCAGCAAGAAAACAGUCAACAAGAAAACAGUCAGCAAGAAAACAGUCAACAAGAAAACAGUCAGCAAAAAACAGUCAACAAGAAAACAGUCAACACCAAACCGGUCAACAAGAAAACACUCAAACAUAAACAGUCAGCAAGAAAACAGUCAACAAGAAAACAGUCAGCAAGAAAACACUCAAACAUAAACAGUCAGCAAGAAAACAGUCAACAAGAAAUCAGUCAACCAUAAUCAGUCAACAAGAAAACAGUCAGCAAGAAAACAGUCAGCAAAAAACAGUCAACAAGAAAACAGUCAACACCAAACCAGUCAACAAGAAAACACUCAAACAUAAACAGUCAGCAAGAAAACAGUCAACAAGAAAACAGUCAGCAAGAAAACACUCAAACAUAAACAGUCAGCAAGAAAACAGUCAACAAGAAAUCAGUCAACCAUAAUCAGUCAACAAGAAAACAGUCAGCAAGAAAACAGUCAGCAAAAAACAGUCAACAAGAAAACAGUCAACACCAAACCAGUCAACAAGAAAACACUCAAACAUAAACAGUCAGCAAGAAAACAGUCAACAAGAAAAUACUGCUCCCCCGUGUCGUUCAGGAGCCCAAACAAAGUUAGCGUGCUACAAUAUCGGACAGUAGAAACCAACCAGAAAGUUCGGAAAAUUGUCUGAAUCCUCCUUUGGCCACGACUGCCGACACAAGCAAGAAAACAAAGUAAAUACCUGAGACUCUGGAGGAAUAACGGGCGCUUAAAACGGAGGUAGACCGGACAAGAGCUAAAAAGCCGGGUCAACAUAAACCAUGGGGGACACUUGGGGAUCUUGGUGACCCUGUAACCUUUCUGCUGGACAGGUAAACCGCUUUAACAAAGUAAGACAAGUGUCUGUGACAGAAGUGUUUCUUGUCAAACGGACCUGCUGUAGCGUGUUGUAGCGCCAUCGCUAAACUGUCCUCCCUCGGGUCCUGGACUAUGUCACUUUAUCCUCGUUGUAGAAGUCCUGCAAACAUUGUGUUUGCUGGUAGUCUGUUGGCAUCUACAGUAGCACCAAUGCUUUUGACUUUCACCUUGACUGGGCCCCAUUUGUAAUGAUCUGAAGGAUUUAUCUGCAUUAUAUCUGAAUUUAACUGGAACGAUACGAGCGAGCAGGAGCGUCUGUUUGUGGGCGGGGCUUGAGAGAGGGAGAGGAGGAGCUGAGGGGAAAACUGGUUGGGAGGGGUAGAGUUUACAUUCAAGAUUUCUCCUAAAAACUGGAACUAACUCAGAUCCUGACUACAACACCUUUAAAUUCAAGUAAAAAAAAAAAAGUGUUGUUGUCCUCUUGAGCAGAAGUUCAGUUAUUUUUCCUUCGACUUUAAGGGAAUUUUCAGGUUGUACUUCGUUUUUUACUUAAAAAUCUAACGUGGUGAUAAGAAACGAGCAGGUGAACCUGCAGAUCCUCUAAAACGGUGAGAAAUAUCCACAGAGGUGACGCCACUUUGACACUGAACCUGGGAUCCCUCCUUCUUUCAGUUAGCGCAGAAGUUUCUCCUCUUUGUUCAUCACUGAAUCCUCCACAAACUUCAGUCCAUGUUUAAAUAAAUAAACUCACAUGAACACAGAAUAAACUCUUUCUUUGUAACUGAAACACUUUUUUUUCUUUUCCUCUUUCAGGAAAUUUUCAAACUUUUGUGAACGUGAUUUCGGCCCGGACGGCGGUGGGACACGACGCCGAAGGCAGACUGAUCCUGUUUCAGAUCGACGGGCAGACUGGAGCCAGAGGGUGAGACUGACGAGAGCCGGAGACGCUCCUCAGAAGACGUGACUCACGUCCUUCACCAAAACCUUCAAAUGAUAUUAACCUCCUAGGAUCGUCCUCUGAGGACAAAGACACAGAAAAACAGGAUCAUUUAUUCCAUCAGACCAAAGUGACUCACAGACCGGCGAGUCGCCUCAGAGUCAACGAAGAUUUUAUAACAGACUGAACCAACAGAGACGAACUCCAGGAAAAUGAUCGUUUCUUUAUUCUUCCUCUGAGAAAUUCAAAGUUUUUCCCUUUUUUUAUUCCGAUCUAUUCAACACAGAAAAUCUUGAAUCUGCAUUUCUUUGACGUCCAGCAGGGGGCGACUCACUCUAAAUCAUCUCAUUUAUUCCCAAACGAGUUUUUGGUCUAAAUCUUGAGUUUUCAACACACAGGAUGUUUAUUUAGUCGUUUAUGACCAACAGGAAGUAGGGGCGGUUUGGGGGCGGGGCUACCUGGGAUUGACAGGUGUUUAAUUUUUAUUCUGUAAAUGUUUAUUGAUCAUUUCCAGUGAAAGCUCUUGAUUGAAUAGAUCAAUAUUUUCAAUCUGAAGGGAGGAUGAAGGAGGUGACCUGACCUCCUAACUGGAGGAGCAGUGAACGGGUCACUUUAGGAGACGAACUGACCUGAGAACAGCUGACGUCUCCUCAGCUCACUCAGAUCUGCACACCGAUCAAUGCUAUUGAUCCCUCUCAGCCCGCAGUGACCCUGAGGUUAAUGUGUUCGUGUUAAUGAUGUGACUUCAAGAAGCACAACAAGAUAUGAGACCGCUCAAUACCAGACCUCCACCGCACGCUCGAUACGGCGUCUGAAAGGACCGAACAAAGAGCGCCCCCUCACAGGCGGACCCUCAGGAAUAACAGCGGGAGCUUCUGUGUGUCUUUACUGAGGAACUUCAGAGUCAAACCCGAGUCCAAACACAGAUAUGAUCUCAGGAACAGACAGGAGGGAGGCUCAGCUCUUCUCUGUGAAUCCAUGUUGAUAUGUCACUAAAUCGAUUUAUUGAUCACACCUCUUGUUGCGACUGUUCACCUGAGUUACCCUCCUGUUUGUAUCCCAUGAUGCCUCUGGUUUUUGAAUUCAAAGCUGUUUAAUCCUAAAAACAUCUUUUAUCUCAUGAUGAGCUCUGACAUUUCAAACACCUGUGGACAGAGUCAGACUUCAGAUCCUGGUCUUUCCUUCGUCUUCGGUCUGAAUCUGAUGAUCCAUGAUUUUCUCUUUCUGUUCAGGAUGAAUCUUUGGGAGUUCGCCGAGUUUUUAAAGCAGUAUGGGAUCAUUAAUGCCAUCAAUCUGGAUGGAGGCGGGUCCUCUACCUACGUGGUUGACGGCACAUUAGCCAGCUACCCGUCUGACAGCUGGUGAGUCAGUUCACGCCUCUUCCUCUUCCUCUUCCUCACGCCGCUGUGAAGAUCUGUGCUCAGCCUGUUGUCUAUCCUCCCUCUGUAGUUCAUCAGACAGAAGGUGGCGCUGUGACCGCCGUAUCUCCACCAUCCUGUGCGUUCACCCGCGGCGCUGCCAGUCGCCAGAUUGCAGCGGUCACGGGAAGUGUGUGGACGGACGCUGUCAGUGUGACGACGGUUGGCAUGGAGACGCCUGCGACUCUUUAGAGUGUCAGCCGUCAGACUGCGAGCCUCACGGUGUCUGCACGCCGGGUAAGUGAGGGGAAACGCGUUAGACCGCCAGAGUCGACUUUAUCUGAGUUUGAAAACUCAGAGACUGUUUGAGAGUUCGGACCGGUCGUCGUCGUUUCUGCUCUUUUUACGGUUUUUUUAAUGUUUGUGUUUCAGGCGGGUGUGUUUGUGACGCCGGAUGGAGAGGAAAGAACUGCAGCAGAGGUGAGUUAGACAAUAUCACACAUGUGACUGUUUGUUCUGGUGAACUGAUCCACCUGAAAACAUCAGUGUCAAUCAGUCCAUUUCCAUGACACCUGAGAAAACCGAAUUAUCGCCUUAUUCCGAUAAAGACCGGACAACUGAAGGUCAUGUGAACACUUUAGUCCGACUAUAAUCAGAGUUUAAGAACUCAGAUUAAGACACUCAGAUAAUGAGAUUGGAAUUCGAUUUUCUCUACCAUAGCGUAGCGUAGUCGGAGUAUGAUCGGAUACAGGCCACGCCCCCGUAACCCCGUAACAAACCCCCAGAGUAGAGGAGUAGCGUUGGUCUCCUCUUUAGAAAAAGUAGCGCGUCCAUCAUGUCGGACAAAAACAACGCUGUACGAUGCUCCAUCUUCUUGUUUCUCCAAAAUGCCCAGCAGCAGUUGUAGACACUUCUGACGUCUGACACCGACCUGCUGUUGUUGUUGACGGUUGUAAAGACCCAUAUCGCCCCCUAGUGUUGGGGAGGAGGACACGUUCACGUCAAUAAUUCGAUUAUGAGUUUAUUCUGAUUAAACUGAGACUGUAAACGAACUGAGCGAUGUCACAUGUGGCUGUAAACAAACGUAUUUCUGCUGCUUUUAGAAUGGGUGUGUAUGUGGUGUCAGUGCUUUUGCAGGCAGCCUCUAGUGGACACUGAAGGAACUGCAGUUUUAGUGUUUUUACCUCAGCGGUGUCACAGGUCGACCUUCAGCUCCAAACACCUCUGCACUCAUCUCUUCUCUUCUCUACAGAGUGCCUACCUGGUUUCUAUGGUGACGGCUGCAAUAACACCUGCACCUGUCUCAACGGCGGCUCCUGCGACCCCGUCCGUGGAAGCUGCACCUGCCUUGCUGGUUUCCAUGGCAACACUUGUGGACAAGGUAAAGCUACUGUUUGACUCUUGGACAUAAUAGGAGGAAAAAAACAGAACCACGCGAAGACGAAAAUCAUCGACCAUGACCCGGUGACGCCCGGUCUGACACAUUUGACACUUCAUCUACGUCACGGUGUCUUCCUCAUCUGUGGAGGCUCCAUUGAUGCUGAACUAGAUCUCCAGGUUUAGGAGCAUCAGGACUCUGCAGUUGGAGUCACUGCAUGGGUUUAAUAUCACAUGACCUGUCCUGAGGUCUGAUGGAUCAAAAUCUAACACUCUUUCAGCAUAGAAGUAGAAAUCAUAGAUGCUGCAUCCUCAGGUUGAAACAAGAUCUCCAGGUUUAGGAGGAACAUCUGCGUCCAUCCAGACACAGACUUCUUCAGGGAAGACCUUCAGAUGAUCCCAAACCACGUUCUGACAGCAGCUCGGCUCUGUAGGAGACGAGUCCUGGACUGAUGUGGUCCGGACUCGUCUUUUAGAGCAUCAUGACAGAGCGUGUGUGUGAUCUGACAUGUUGUUAAAAAUGUCCCUCCUCUCUCUCCGUCAGUGUGUCCUCUGGGUUUCUUCGGUCCGUCCUGCGCUCAGGAGUGUCUCUGUGAAAACCAGUGUCCAUGUGACCCUCAGACGGGGAGCUGCAACACCACACUGUCAGGAGACGUCAACAACACCUUACACAGAGGUACACACACACACACACACACACACACACACACACACACACACGGAUGCAAACACUCAUGUAAAUACAGGCGUCACGAGGUUGGUGUUGGAGUUCAUCCAGCUGAUCUCUGUUAUGAAAACCUCCAUCUUGUUUUUUUAUGACCAAAUCAAACAUCUUCUGACACACUAACACACCUGAGAGCGAGGUCAUCCAGUGUGUGUGUGUGUGUACGUGUUUGUGUGUGUGUGUGUGUGUGUGUGUGUGUGUGUGUGUGUGUGUGUGUGUGUGUGUGUGUGUGUGUGUGUGUGUGUGUGUGUGUUCAUGCUCACAUUCAGCAGACGUUGAAACAGUCUCGUCCUUGUUGCAGCUCCGAGCCGACUCACCUGUUCCUGGAUCUGUUACUCAUCAGGACUUAAAGGGAUAUUCCGUCAUAAAUUUAAUUUAGGGUCAAACCCACCGUAACCCCGAGUUAGACCCCCCCUCCAGAGAUGAAUGUUGUCGACCGCUUCCUUCUCUAGUUAUACCAACUUUAGUAACGACCGCAGGAUAGAAAUACAGAGAGCCACGCCCCCAACCAAAACGCCACUCUAUAGCCACAGAUAAUGCUCAGAGCAGCACCUAACUUCAUCAACAGGACAUAUAGUGUCCCUAUAUCAACAUUCAUCUCUGGAGGGGGGGUCUGACUCUGUGUUACGGUGGGUUUGACCCUAAAUUAAUUUAAAACACCGGAAUAUCCCUUUAAAUGAGCCAAACCAGUGAAUAGAGACAGACUCUGUUUGUUCUGUAAAGAUGUUUUCAUGUACACAGAAAUCCGUAAAGAAAUAUUGCUCACUGUUUUGUCCACAGGGGGCGCCAAAUUCAGACCAACUGAAAGUUCCUCACUGGAGCUUUAAUCAGUCUGAAACAGAAGGAGUUAAAAACGUUUAAUUUGAACUUCAGACUGUUUUUUGUUUUCUGAUUUUAAAAAGAUUUUAAAAAUAAAAGUGAAAUAAAAAUUUAGGAUCUCUUCACUGAUUCAACUUUCUCUCCUCUCCUUCUGCCUCCGAUGUUCUCUUCUUCUUUUCAUCUCCUUCUCUGUUUCCUUUCCUCAUCCUGUUCCUCUUAUUUCAAUGUUUCCUUUCCUCCUUGUUCUCAUUCUUUUUACUCUUUUCCUCACCAUUUCCUUUCUUGUCAUUCUCCUUCUUUUUCUGAACCUUCAUCCUUCCUUUCCUUAUCUUUUCUUCUCCCUCUCUGUCCCUCUUAUUUUUCUUUUUUUACUCUUUUGCCUCUCCCCUCCUUCCUUUCCCCUUCUCUCUUUCUUCCUCCCCUUCCUUCUCUCCUUCUUUCUCUCUUCCUUUCUUCCUCCCCCUCCUCGUCUCCUCCCUCUCCUCCACAGCGGGUCAUUGUCUGGCCGCUCAGAUGUUCACGUCGUGGAGGAGCGAUGAAGAAGCUCACAUGGAGCGACCUCGUCUAUCAGAGUAAGUGUCAAAGGUGGAGUCACAUGACCUGACCUUCCCGUCCGACCUUUGACCUCUGCAGUCCAUCCUUCACGUCUGCUCGUUAACCCUCUAAAAUGUAAACAGCCUCACGUGUGGAGAGGCCGGAGCUCCCGAUAAAAACGGGUUUAGAUGUUGAAGAACGAGCAGGUCGACGUUUUUAAACCGACGUUUUUAUUUUCAGGAUGAAACUGUCGGAGUUUCUGCCGAGUCGAUCUUUGACCCGCGGACCAGCCUCAAAUUUAACAGAGAGGACUUCACCUCCUUCUGAGCUUCAGGCAAAUGGUCCUGAGGAGCGUGUCUGCGGUCUGAACAGGGACAGAGAUUUCCCCUCAGAGUAAAAACCUGUUCCUCGCUGAGGUGUGAAACGGUCUGUGAACCAAACGUUCAUCUGCAGCCGCUCACCUCCUCUCUCAGACGGUGUGAACAGAGUCUGUCGGCGCCCGUCAAAGUCAAACAUGAAAACGUGUCCGCUCCUUCGAGACACAUUUGAAAAAGAGUUUAGAUGAAUAUUCAGGAAUCUUUAAAAAUCCAUCAUGAAAUAUUGAUUUUAAAAUCGUCUGAUUUUUCUCUGGAGUUUGGUCAGAAAACUCCAAACGUCUGUCUCCUCGUCUCCGACUCUUUCUCUGUGUAAACAAGGCCGACAGUCUGAGGACGGACGCAUUCAUUAGCCUCUUUACCUUUCACAUGCAAGUGAGGAAUUGUUAGCUGUUGCCAUGGUUACAGCCGAGCGCUUUGUGAAGGGGAGCCGUGGUCACAGAUGGAGAGAAGGACUCGAUCUGUUUUAACCCGUUUGUCACCAGCAGAGGAGAUUCAUUCACAGUUUUGGAGACGUGUUUCCGUCUUAGACGAUCAUGAGAGUUAAAAUAGGAGGAUAUAAAGUUUUAAAGAAGUAAACGCUCCUCACUGACGCUGAUCACUCACAAUAUUCACUCUGUUGUUGGAGGAAAUCAAAGUCCUGAGUCUGUAAAGUUGAUCCUUGUUCCUCCUCUGUCUCUCCUCAGACGGUCGUGGAUCAUCAUCGCCGCCGCUCUGGCCUCUCUGCUCUCAGUCAGUCUGCUGCUUCACCUCGCUCGGGCGUGUCGAGGUUCGGUGGCCGCUCGCCUCUCUGAACGUCAGGAUUACGCCUUCGUCCCGCUGAGGGACAUCAACGGAUCAGCUGUAGGCAAAGGAUCGGACUUUGUGAAAUCUGGAGGUUACCACUACGAGGACUCGGACUCUCAGGAUGAAAUCUGGGCUCAGCCGCACUCAGGGAGGUUAUAG